AUGAACCAUAUUGCGUUGGUGCAUGCGCAUGAACCAGGUUUCAAUAUUACAUGCGGACUUAACGGCUGCAGCAAAACUUUCAAGAAGUACGACAGCUACAGGAAACACGUGCAAAGGAAGCACAGAGACGUCGUCCCACCAGCGAGGAUAAUUCCACCGUCCAGGACCGAAGACAACAGUGCAGGACCCAACGAAAAUGGUACCGAGCCAACUUCGAGCGACACUGACGCCGGAUCCUCGACGCCAAAUUCCACGCGGCAGGAAACCGACGACCCUACGACAUACAUGAGCGAGAUGCUCAACAACAUGAAGAGGCAUCUUGUACUCUUCAGCCUGAAGGUGACAGAAAAUCACCUGCUACCUCAAAGUGUUUGCGACGACAUCUUCAAGGACGUUAGAGUACUUCUGGAGCUGCUUCUGGAUUCCUGCAGGACGUACUUCAACUUACUUGUGUCAAGCGGCCGACUCACCGUGUCUUCGGAUAAUGGCAUGUUGUCUCUUCUCUCAAGUGAUAUGAUUGACAUAUUGUGGGACGUGAUCAGGUCAGACCAUACGCGGCUCAAGUACGUGCAGGAGCACUUUCCGUUUGUGCCGCCAAAGGAAAUUAACCUACAUGAAAACAUCCACGGACGGUCACGUAGGCAUGUGUUCUAUUAUGUGCCCAUCCAAGACAUGCUAAGAAACUUGAUGACGGCAGACAUCGGAAGCCAUAUCCUCGCCAGACAGCAGGAAGACCGUAUUUGGAACAUCCAUAAUCAGGUCCUCACCGAUGUUUGUGACGGAAGCUAUGUCAAGUCCCACGCACUGAUUGAGGAUGGAUCGGCUGGAACGCUGCUUUUGUUGCUGUACACCGACGAACUGGAGGUGGUGAAUCCACUUGGUGGUGCAUGCGGUAAACACAAGCUUCUUGUCGUGUACAUGAAUCUCCUGAACUUGCAUCCCAAAUGCCGCUCCAGGUUAAAGACAAUCAAUCUCGUCCUCGUCGUGAAAUACCCACUAGUCAUGCAGUAUGGGCUCCAGAAGAUUAUGGACCCAAUGGUCGCUGACUUGAACGCCUUGCAGACAGAUGGAAUCGACAUCACGCUUAAUGGCUCAGCUCUUCACUUUAAAGUCUAUGUCGUUGGAUUCAGUGGUGACAACCUCUCCCUAAACAGGUUAGGAGGAUUCACCUGCGGCUUCAGUGCUGGACGAAUAUGCCGCUAUUGUUUAGCCAACGCUAGGGACAUGCCGUCACUGACCGAAGAAGCUCGCUGCUCGGUAAGAUCUGCGGAGGGGCAUAUGAGUCAUAUUGCAGCCGUGGAGCUCAGCCCUGACAACGUGAAAUUGUACGGAGUGAAAGAAAGGUCGUGUCUACUCUCUCUCAACGGCUUUGAUGUCACACGACAACUUCUUCCUGACCUGAUGCAUGACGUGUUAGAAGGAGGCAUAAAUGUUGUCAUCAAGGCAGUCCUGAACUCUCUUCUGGCUUCCAAAACGCUUUUGAGAGCUCACUUCAGUGCUGUAUCGCAGUUCCAAUUUAAACAUCAUGACAUCAGGAACAGGCCGCUCCCUAUAGUACUCACAAACUCGGACAAAGUGCAGAACAUUAAGGGCACAGCCAGCCAGAAGCUCUGCUUGUUUCGUCUUCUUCCGCAGUUUUUCGCUGACCGCAUUCCUGAAGGGAACCCUGACUGGGAAAUCUACCUGCAGUACCGCGAAAUUGUGAACGUGCUGUUGUCGGACAAGAUUCCUGUCGACUGCGUGAACUACCUUGAAGUGCAGAUAGGUUCAUUUCUCAGGGCUUUUGUUGAAAGAUACCCAGAAGUGAAGGUGACGCCGAAGAUCCACUACCUGAUACACUACCCCCGUUACAUCUCACUUUUUGGGCCCCCUCGCAACUUUUGGUCCAUGAGAUUUGAAGCCAAGCAUGCAAGAGUGAAGACUAUUGCAGUGCGCGCAAGAAGUUUCGUCAACACAGCAAAAACAAUUGCGACAAGGGUGCAGCUAGGACAAUGUUAUAAUGCAAUAUGUUCAAAUGUGCGUGACCCACUUGAAGUUCCUGUUGCCAAGGCCGUGCUGUGGGAGGACUUGCCAGAUUUAGUCACGGACGCCUUUGUUCCACAGCCAUCCCAUCAAGAAGUGAUUUUUGAGACCAGAAGUGCAGCAAUUGAUUUCAGUGUAUAUAAUGAAGGCGACAUUUUCUGCACAGGCUGGGAGGACGAAGCGCCCGUCUUUGGACAGAUUAUAAAACUUAUAAUCUUCAGGGGCUCUCUUCUCAUGUUUUUUAAAUUGCUUCAUACGUGCGGCUUCUCACGCCACAGACAAGCCUACCAAGUUGUGCACACAAGCAGGUGUGUGCAAGCAUCUCCAGGAGACGAGCACAGCUAUCAUCCUUUGGACCUCUACAAGUACAAAAACCACAACGAAGUAAUACCACAGUUUGAGUUGUUUGAAGUGUAG